AUGAUACCAUUACAAACAGGUCAUCGGGGGUAUAACAACGCGAAGGACGGAACCUUGAACGCACCAUUACAGUUACAUACAGGUCGGGUGUAUCAUGUGCCACCUCCAAUGAAACCCGAUAUUUGGAAUGUCGUUACAACUUACUUCUUCCUCCUUCAUUUCUUCCUCUGCUCCAUGGCUUCAUAUAUAAAUCUCCAUUGCCUGAUUCGUUCCUCACAAACUCAACGGCUCUUUUCUCAUUGGUCUCUCAGGAGAAAGCAGCAAUACCUGCAGAAAACAAAACAAGAAGAAGCCAUGCUUGUGCAGAAUCCCUUCUUGUGUUAUAAUCUCACUGUGAAAAACCCCAAUGCCGUCUGGAAAACCAGUGAUAUCUAUGGAUCGGAGCUUCCUAUUCUCGCCCUUCAAACUUUUUGGACCAUAUUCGUCACUCGUCUUUUCAUCCUCAUCACUCGACCCUUGCACAUCCCUCGUCUUGUUGCUGAAGUUCUUGCCGGUUUCAUACUAAGUGCAGAUAUGCUGGGUGAAAUACCGAUAAUAUUCCUCCUUCUUUUUCCUAUACGGGGAAUCCUGAAUAUUGAAGUCUUCAGCAGUAUAGGUAUAAUCUUCUACGCCUUCUUAACUGGCUUGCAGAUGAACUUAGACAACGUCCUACGAGCACCAAAGAAGGCCAUUAGUGUUGCAAUGACUGGUAUAAUCAUUCCAAUGGCAUUAGGAGUGAUCAUAUAUGCUCUGCAUCGAAAAACUUACGACAUUCAGACUAAUGAAAUCAUUGAAAGUGAUCCUGUCAAAGCUUGCUUGUUAUGGUCUCUGUGUCUUACGGUCACAGGUUUUCCAAUACUUGCUGAAAUCCUUGCCAGCCUCAAGCUCCUUUAUACCGAGCUAGGCAGAUCAGCUUUAGAUGCAGCCAUAGUCAGCGACUCCUGUUCUUGGCUUCUGUUUAUGUUAAUGAUUCCAUUUACCCUUGACGAUGGACCUGGAGCAAUCUACACUGUGAUGAGUACCAUGGCAUUCAUUGCUUUCUGCAUCUUUGUGGUUCGUCCUAUUAUCACGCCAAUUAUUGAUGGAAAGACAGAUCGAGAAGAAUGGAAUGAUCAUAGGCUGCUAUAUGUGCUUAUGGGAACUAUAAUAUGUGCAUAUAUUACAGACGUCCUUGGCUCUGGCAUUGUUGGGGCUUUUGUGUUUGGGUUGAUUCUGCCUCAUGGGAGAUUCACAAGUGUGAUGAUGUCAGCAGCUGAUGAUUUUGCUUCUGGUGUUCUAGCACCAUUGGUUUUUGCAGGCUCUGGUAUGAGAAUGGACUUGGUAAAGGCUCUAUCUCACAGAAAUUGGGCCUUUUCAAUGCUCAUUAUCGUCUUAUUAUGCAUCCCAAAGAUUCUCAGCACUUUGGUGGCUACUUUUGCUUAUGGUAUCCCUAUUCGAGAUGGUCUGGGACUUGGAGUGCUUAUGAACACCAAGGGUGUCGUCGCUUUGAUCAUGCUUAAUAUGGGGUGGGAUAGACAGAUUUUGACGGUCUCAUCCUACUCAAUUCUAGUCACUGCUCUUAUUAUAAUGACUAUAUCAUCUUCAGUUAUCACCAACGUCGCUUACAAACCAAGAAAGCGAUUUAAGAUAAACAAGAUGAGAACUAUACAGAAUUCAAGACUUGAUGCGGAACUCCGGAUUUUGGCUUGUGUGCAUAACAAUCGCCAUGCCAGCAGCAUGGUAAAGAUUAUUGAAUGCUUCCAUGCCUCCAGAUUUUCCCCCGUCUAUGUGGGUGCACUUUACCUUGUUGAACUUACAAGUCGUGGUGCUUUCGUGCUCCUUGACCACAUGAGCCAACAUCUUUCACACCCAGGAACACAACAUCAUAGUCAAUCACAAGCUGAGCUAGAAGUUAUUACCAACACCUUCAAAGUAUUAGCCGAGUUAAAUGAUGCCAUUCGUGUGGAAACAUUCAAUGUUUUGUCUAGCUAUAGUACCAUCCACGAGGACAUAUACAACACAGCAAAUGAAAAACACACCAACCUCAUCCUCCUCCCUUUUCACAAGCAAGUCAACACAGAAGGCUAUCUAGAGAUGUUGAACAGUGCAUACAAAGACAUAAACUCUAAUGUCAUGCAAGAUUCACCUUGUUCUGUGGGGAUUUUCGUUGAUCGAGGCAUAUUCUCACUUUCUAAAACCAAUUGUCGUAUUCUUAUGAUCUUCAUUGGUGGACCUGAUGAUCGUGAAGCCUUAGCUGUUGCUUGGAGAAUGGCAACUCAUCCUGGCGUUCAACUCUCGAUGGUGAGGGUACUUAUGGCUGAUGAAGCUACAUUUAAAGUGGAGGAAGCAGUUGAAUUGGAACCCAAAGGGAUAUUAUCUACAGUUUUGGAUAGCUCCAAGCAGAAAGAGUUGGAUGAUGAGUAUGUGAACUUAUUUAGACUCAAGGCAAUGCACAAUGAGGACUCCAUUGCUUACUCGGAGAGAGAAGUUCAUACGGGUGAGGAUAUUCCUGCAUUACUAAAUGAGUUGGAUGAAGGUGACUAUCAUUUGUACAUAGUGGGACAAGGGAGAGGGAGGAAUUCUAUGAUAUUCUCAGGGUUCAUGGACUGGUGUGAUUGCCCUGAGCUUGGAGCUGUAGGUGACAUAUUGGCAUCCAAUAGCUUUGAUUCUAAAUCUUCAGUGCUUAUUGUGCAGCAAUAUGGAUAUGAUCAAACUAUGUUGGGAAAUCAUGUUCAUAGACAUCCCAACGAUGAGGAAACAAUGGAAGAUGGCUCUGAUACACUUGUUAGUCAUGUCUGA